CCUCUGCGCAUGCGUAUACGGUUGGCGAGGCUCUGGGCUGCUCUUGCUAGCUCAGUUUCGUUCGUUAGACUUGCGCAGAAAAAGCGCUUUCUGUACGAUAAAGAUGUCAACGAGCGACUUUUAUUUGAGAUAUUAUGUCGGGCACAAGGGGAAGUUUGGACACGAGUUUCUAGAAUUUGAGUUCAGGCCUGACGGUAAACUGAGGUAUGCAAACAACAGCAACUACAAGAAUGACGUAAUGAUCAGGAAAGAGGCAUAUGUACACAAAAGUGUGAUGGAGGAGCUGAAGAGGAUCAUUGACGACAGUGAAAUCACCAAGGAAGAUGAUGCUCUGUGGCCGCCUCCUGAUAGAGUUGGCAGACAGGAACUGGAAAUUGUCAUCGGGGACGAGCACAUUUCAUUCACAACUUCCAAAAUUGGCUCCUUGAUUGACGUCAACCAGUCAAAGGACCCUGAGGGCCUUCGUGUGUUCUACUACCUGGUGCAAGAUCUGAAAUGUCUUGUUUUCAGUCUGAUCGGCCUACACUUCAAGAUCAAGCCCAUCUAAAAUCUGGAUUUUGCUCAUUUUAAUUACUUUAGCUGAUGUUUCUGUUGUACUACCGCAUUUGUACAUUUGCUUUUGGUGGAACUAUUUUUUAUUUUAAAUAAAGAGUGAUUUGGGUAAAGAAAA